AGAGCAUUCCAGAGGAUGCCAGGAUGUCUUGUCUCUGAUUGGCUGACCACCGCUCAAUGGCUGGUGGAAGAAGGAGUGAACCUUUCAGUCUGCCUUGACGGAGCUGAAAUAACAGAAUCCCGAUCACAGGUACAUGUGACAAUGCUGAAGCUAUGAGUGGAAUUUUAAUGAGGAACUUUGAAGAAGUUGACGGCUCCGCAAUCUUUUCUGUGUGGGAAUCGGAUGAUGAAGUUUCUAGCGGCAAAAGCGCUGACGAUGCUGAUAGUGUCAAUCUGUCCACUUCAAAUCAUUUUAUUCGUACAUGUGACAGUGCUGCAGCUAUGAGUGGAAUUUUAAAGAGGAAGUUUGAAGAAGUUGAUGGCUCUUCGCCCUGCUCUUCGGUGCGGGAAUCGGAUGACGACGUUUCUAGCAGUGAAAGCGCUGACAGUGGUGAUAGUGUCAACCCAUCCACUUCAAAUCAUUUCACCCCAUCAUCGAUUCUGAAAAGAGAGAAGCGGAAGAGGACGAAGAAUGUUCAUUUUAACUGUGUUACCGUGUACUACUUCACAAGGAGGCAAGGCUUCACGAGCGUCCCCAGCCAGGGAGGAAGCACCCUGGGCAUGUCCACACGUCACAACAGUGUGCGCCAGUACACACUGGGGGAAUUUGCGAUGGAGCAAGAGAGGCUUCACCGAGAGAUGUUGAGAGAGCAUCUCAGGGAGGAGAAACUGAAUUCUUUAAAGCUCAAGAUGACUAAGAACGGCACCGUGGAGUCCGAGGAAGCAAACACUUUGACACUGGACGACAUUUCCGACGAUGAUAUAGAUCUAGAUAACACAGAAGUAGACGAGUACUUCUUUCUACAGCCUCUGCCAACAAAAAAGCGAAGGGCACUCCUGAGAGCCUCCGGGGUCAAGAAGAUUGACGUAGAAGAAAAACACGAGCUGCGAGCCAUUCGCCUGUCAAGGGAGGACUGCGGCUGUGACUGUCGAGUCUUUUGUGACCCAGAAACGUGUACCUGCAGCCUUGCAGGCAUAAAAUGCCAGGUGGAUCGUAUGUCUUUCCCAUGUGGUUGCACUAAAGAAGGAUGUAGCAAUACGGCAGGUAGAAUUGAAUUUAACCCCAUCCGCGUUCGGACUCACUUUUUGCACACUAUAAUGAAACUUGAAUUGGAGAAGAGCAGAGAGCAGCAAGUCUCUGCGCUGAACGGUUGCCACAGCGAGAUAAGCGCUCACAGCAGCUCUAUGGGCCCCGCAGCCCACCCGCUAGAAUAUUCCGUCCCGGAUAACUUUGAGAUUGAUGCAGAAUCUCGGGCCGGCGUGAUGCACUUGCAGUCGGCCGAUGACUUGGACUGCCCAGGAGAGGAGGAGGAGGAAGAGGAGGAGGAAGACGCUAGCAGCUUUUGUAGUGGGGUUACAGAUUCCAGCACCCAGAGUUUAGCACCCAGUGAAACAGAUGAAGAUGAGGAAGAGGAAGAAGAUGACGAUGAGGAUGACGACGAGGAAAAGGUGGAUGACUUUGUGGAAGGCUUGGGUGCUCAUGGCGACAUGGUGCAAGCUCUUCCUUCGGUCCUCUGCUACUCCGACAGCACCGCCAUGCACGAGAGUCACUCCAAGGCUUCCUCCUACUAUGGCAACUCCUCAGCGCUUUAUUACCAAAUAGAGAACCACAGCCCUGGCACUCCUAGCCAGAUGCGUGAGGCUUACUCUGAAAGGGAUACAGUUAAGAAUGGUAAUCUUUCUCUGGUGCCUUAUAAUCCAGCUUCAGAACAGUUUGUGGACUACACACGGCAAUCAGAGGAAAGUUAUAGCGGCUCGCUUUAUCCUCCUUCAAACCCGUCCGUCAUAGUUUGCUGCUCGUCUUCGGAGAGCGACGGCACUGUUCCGUGUAGUAGCCUAUACGCUGAGCAUAGGCCAAGACACUCCCAAGUGGACUUUCCCUCAUACUUGAAAAGUCCUUCUCAAGAUGGAUUUGUUUCUGCUUUGAAUGGCGGCACUCACCUCCCAGAGCAUCCCGCUGAGAAUUCGCUCAGCCUCUCAGAAAAGAGCAGACUGCAUGAAGAGUGUAUCAAAUCGCCUGUCAUGGAAACGGAAAAUAGAACCAUGUUUAAAACAUGACUACAAGGAUGUGGGAUAAUAUGGAACACAACACACAAGUUUGCAACUAACUUAAACUGAAUUAAUCUUGUUCGACACAAGUAGAUGAAUCCUAGUGGGAAUGGGAGAUGCACAAAUCCUAUGGCACAGUCAAGUGCUUUCUGUUCAUAUAGAUGCAUAUCCUGAUCAAAAUAGAUAAUGCAACUCUCGAAGAUUAUGUUUAUACAUAUCCCUAUUUGCUAGAGAAUGUAAUACCAAGGAGGAGGAAGUAAGGUGCCAAAUAUUACAUUAGCAAGCAGGAGGGCUUCCCUGCAAGACCGAAAGCUUAGUUUCAUUGUAAGGAAUAUACGUAGUUUCAAAAUAGAUAUGCUGCAGUUCUUAGGAUCACCUGCCAACACCUGAGCAACACUGUGUCCCCUGCUGCUAGUGUAAAGGACUAGCAUGCCUCAACCUGUUAAGUCUUUUAGAAAUAAGCAUAGGCUCCAGCCCCAACUCUUGUAAGUUGCUAUGGAAGACAAUACCAUCAGUAAUAACUGAAAAAGGAGGGAGGGGAUAUGGAAAGGGGAACAGAACCAAUGUGGUCUACUUACCCACCUGCAAAGGACCAUGCCUCAUCUAUGGCAGUGCAAGCUAUUCCUUGAGCUGUCUGUUAAGAAAACCGUAGGGUUGGAGUGGCAGUCCAUCAAAAUUCCAUUUAGGAAAUUUUAUUUGCGAUGCAUGGUGAAAAUAGCCUUUCCUCACUGCCCCCCAAAACCUUAACUAUGUAGAUUUAAUGGGGUGUUUUCACUUUUUUCCUCUGAGGGUAGGUACCUAGGUGACCUGAAACUCAUUUGUUUACAGCCAAAAGAAAUAUUAAUAUAGGAGCAUGAAUUUAAAGCUUUUACUAUUUCAUACCUAUUGAUUCAGAUGACUACCAUAUUCACCUCAUCCAUGCAAAGUAAUUCAUUCAUUCAGUAAUUCUUCAUUCAGUGGACUAAGUUACAGGUGUUUCGUUUGGAAAAAGACUUGGGGUGGAGUUGGUAAAAAUAACACAUGCAAAGUAUCUUAGGUACUAGAAAUUUGAUAAGACAUAAAUAGUAAAGAAAAAUCCCUUCCUCUCCCAACAGCCUGGAACUCACCAUAAUGAAACUGAACUGCUCUUGCUUUCUUUCAUUUACCUACUUUGCUAUUAAGGUUUUCAAAAAGGAAAGCAUUGUGUGGACAGGUGUGACCCAGCACUUUAUUAGAGUGAUGCAGCUUAUUCUGAUUCACACUGUGUAUACCUUAUGUAAGAAAACUCACCCAAUGAGGAAUCUCUUUGUUUUGGACAAUUAUUAGCUCUGUAUGACUUACCCUAUCUACUGCCCCUUCUUUUUUCUUUCUCAAUUGCCACUGAUAUAUGGAAAGAAAAACGCAAAGUUCAUCUGUUACUCUGAUCUGGAAUGUUUUCAAGAAUUAAAGUAAAUAGUGUAUACAGCUGUGGGUCCAAUGGUAUUUCCAAUUCAGGAAAAACAAAAAAUCAGAACUCGUGCUUUAAGAUGUAGAAGUAGAUUCUCAUAGCUGCUUGAAAAUUGUAAAUAACCGUAAUGCUGCUUUAACUUAACACAUUUGAGGGUAGAUACACAUGAGGGUGG